AUGGAAGUAAGAAAUGACAUUACAGACAACAACGAACAAAUUAAUGUACAUGAAUACAACGAAAUAAAACAAUAUACUUCAUGCAGGUACGUGUCUCCACCUGAAAUACUUUGGCGAUUAUCGGAGAUCAAAAUGCAUGGGCAGUCCCACGCGGUAUACCGUUUGACUUUACAUUUACCCGAUGAACAGCAAGUCUACUACAUAGCAGGAGAGCAACGACAAGCAGCUGCACGAGCACAAAAACGUGAUACACAUUUAACCGGUUGGUUCAAGCUAAAUCAGUCUGAAAAGAAUGAUAGAAAUCUUCUUUACUGUGAUAUCCCUGAACAAUAUGUUUCACAAGCAGACUACAAAGUGGACACGGCGACUGCGCUUCCAUAA